UGACAGUUGAAGUUCUGACGUGGUCUUGUUUGUGUGUGUUUUCUUUGCCGAAACUUGUUCCAGGGCUGAAAUUUUUAAAAAUAUUUCGUAAUAGGAUAAACAAACGCCGAUUAAUCGGUUUUAUCAUGUGCUUUUAUCUUUUAAGACCACUAAUAUGUUAUCCAAGUGGGUCAAUAAAUUCGUAAUCCUUAGUUUUGUCGUUCUUCCUAUUUUAACUUCGGAUAUCAUAGCUGAUGAUAAUGUCCAAGGACUGCCGUUUUGUAAUCCUCAUGUAAAAGACGGCGUUCCAGUACAAGACGACCUGGUCAUAGUCAGCACAUUAGAUGGAACUCUGACCGCUUUCUCAACCACUGAAGGGAACAAGGUGUGGGACCUACAGACACAACCAUUAUUGUCAUCAAAUUUACAGCAUGUUGAGCUCUCAGCAGGAGGCAAAUGGGUCCGUCUGGUGCCCUCGUUACGGGGGACUUUAUACAGCAUCAGUGGAGACUCCAUAGAACCUCUACCAUUUGAUGCUGAUCAACUGCUCUCAUCAUCUUUUAAAUACUCUGAUGACUUGGUCAUAGCUGGCGCCAGAGAGACGCUCUGGCUCGGCGUGGACGCGCACUCGGGCCGCGUGGUGUACGAGUGCGGCACCGCGGGGUGCUCCACUGAACAGCAGACGGCGGCCUCCGGACAUGACGUCAUAGUGCUACGGAGACACUCGAAUACAGUGAGAGCGUUGGACCCGCGCAAUGGAAUCGAGAAGUGGAACUUCAGCGUGGCGGAGCACCACCUGGCGGUGUCGCGGCGGGAGUGCCUGCGCCCGCGCAGCCCGGCCUCGCCCGUGGCGCUGGCGGCGGCGCUGCCCGACGGCGUGCUGGCCGCCUCGCGCCCGGGGGACUCCGCCCCGCUGUGGAGGCAGAAGCUGGAAGCGCCCAUAGUGAGCAUGUGGCGCCUUCACGGCGGCUCGCUACAAACAGUGGACGUGUUGUGGGAAGCGACGCGUUCAUUAUCAGGCGUGCCGGCGAUAGCGCCGCCAUCUUUGUAUGUCGGUGUGCAUAAUCAGCAGUUAUACAUACAAGAGGGUCUACUUUACGCCCAAAAACUGGACACGGCGGUGUCAAAUCGCCCCCUGCCGUGGAAGUUGUUCGAAUCUCGUCCCCUGUUGGAGGACGAGUCAGCGAAACCCCAGGACUCGGAUAAUAACGCGUUGUCUCUGGUCACGCUCUAUGGGAACAAAGAAAAUACUGGCAGCCACGGUUUCUUCCUAUAUUUAGAAGAGACUUGCGACCAAAGCGUGCAAGUGGACGACUUGACCAUUCCCGAUGUAAUUCUGCCAAACAAUAGUGAUGAGGAAUCCAAUCAUCAUCAUAUUCAUGUGCACGUCUCUUCUUUGUGGUAUUGGUGGAAGGAAGUACUAGUAAUAGCUGCCAGUUCAGCUCUACUCAUGAACUUGAUGAUAUGGCCAAGAUUCUUCAUGCCAAAACCCCGGCCUGACUCGGGGCCGGUCAAUCAGGAAGUCAUAGUCAUCGAUCGGCCUUAUCAUCCUCCAAUGCCGUCCACCAGUUCAGAGUAUUCGAGUCGAUAUGAAAACGAUUUUAUACCGUUACGAUGUCUCGGUAGAGGGGGCUUUGGUGUGGUUUUUGAGGCGAGAAACAAUAUCGACCAUAGGGAGUAUGCUAUAAAGAGGAUCACAUUGCCUAGGAGGGAAGAGAAACGCGAGCGAGUAUUGCGUGAGGUUCGCGCUCUCGCCAAGCUAGAACACGACAAUAUCGUGAGGUAUUUCAACGCGUGGAUCGAGGUGCCUCCGCCGAGCUGGCAGCAACAAAGGGACGCCGUUUGGAUGCGCGAGCUAGAAGGCGCUUCUUCGGGUCUUUCUCAGUUAAGCGCGACCUCCCCUCCCCCCGGUUCUAAGAAGGCUGAUAGCGUGAAAGUAGACCUUCACAAGUCCACAGAUGAAGACUUCUUCAAGCCUGAUUUUGAUAUGACCAAGUCUAAAACGGGCAGAUCUCAGAGUUGCAGCGACUCCUUCAUAGUGUUCGCCGGCGAGGAGUCGUCCAAAGCUCACGAGUCUUCCGCUGAAGACACACCGAAGAAGCACUCCUUCAGCUCCCAUUCCUGUAGUCCCAGCGGUCCAGGGUCCGGGAGUACAAGUAGUCCAAGUAGCAGAAGUGGCACUGGUGACAAGAGACUGGAAAGAGUGAAGGAACAAGAGAUUUCUUCAAAAAGUAGUAGGAAAAAGAAAGGUCACACCCGCCAUUGGUCGCUGGACAAUUGCGUUCGUGAAAAAGAUCGCGACCCACUUUUGGACACGAAAAUGUACCUCUACAUACAAAUGCAGUUGUGUAGAAGAGACAGUCUCCACGACUGGCUACGGCUGAAGAGGAAUCCCGCCGAAAGGAAGGACCAGAUCAAAUCUCUAUUCGGCCAGAUAGUGUCCGCGGUGGAGUACGUCCACCUGGCCGGGCUGAUCCACCGCGACCUGAAGCCCAGCAACAUCUUCUUCGCGCCCGACGGCCGGGUCAAGGUCGGCGACUUCGGCCUCGUCACCACCAUGGGGGGGGACACUUCCGGCGACGGGGACCCCACGGCGCUCGCGGGCGCUCACGGGACGCAUACGCAUCAAGUUGGUACUCACUUGUACAUGUCGCCAGAACAACUCCUAGGGCGUCCUUACAGCUACAAAGUGGACAUUUAUUCUUUGGGAGUCAUACUGUUCGAACUCCUAUAUCCAUUCUGUACGGAUUCAGAGCGCAUACAUUGUCUACAAAGGCUGAGGAAUGACGAGUACCCGCCUAAAUUUAACGAGGAGUAUCCACAAGAGUGGGAAGUGCUAAGGCUGAUGUUAAGCCCUGACCCGCGCCGGCGCCCCACCGCCAUGGGCGUGCGCGCUCGGGCUCCGCUGUUCGAGCGCAGCGACCCGCGCUUCCACUUCGCCAUGCCGCCGCCCGCGCCGGCCUGAACGCUACAUGCCGACACCCAGCCUCCUACAUGCCGAUACACUUCCUUCUAUAGACAGUCUGUAGAGAUGAAAUUAUGAUGAUUUUCGUGAAUCGAUAGCGUAUAUGUAGUUCAUGCCGCGUACAUUCCCGGCAUGAAAUACAUGCCGACAGUCAUUCUUCGAUAGAAAAUCCAAAGAGAUGGAAUUAUUAAAUGAUUAUUUAUUAUUGUGAGUCCAUAUACGUUUAAUAAAUUUUUCAAUUAAUCCAUAUACUUAAAUAUCAUAAUAGUGAAAGGAUUUGUAAUUUUGUUAGAAAUGAUUGUAAUAAAAAUUUUUUUUAUGCAUUUAGUAUUGAGUCCAUAGUGAGGCAUAGAUUUUUCUGUUUUUUUGUUUGUAAUGAAAUGACUCAAAAUCUCUUAACUGAUUUUUUUAUUUGGGCAUAGAGUAUAUUUCUAGACUAGAUUAAAAAAGAAACUUUAUUUUUUCGAAAUUGCACUUGAAGCCUUAGAAAAAUAUUGUAUGAUUGAUAUUUAAAAAUGCAAUGCAAGUACUGCACGAUUGCCUACUUAAUUGCGUGGAAUAAAUAUUAGACAGGUAAAUAUGUACUUUAUGUACACAUUUCCUAUGCAUUUUUUUUAAACGUUUAGUCUGUAUUGAUAGUGUUAAGUCAUUGUUAGUUUUUAAUUAUGCUUUAAAUAAAAUUAAUUCUUAUUUAGAUAUCUUUUCGCAUAUGUAUAAUCAUAUUUAAGUUUUACAUGUUAAGCAAAAAUUUCGCUUCAUUUACAUUUCUCAAUAUUUUCAUGCAAACCCGUCGUUUAAUGGUAUUUUCUAGUGACUUUUUACCAGUGAUAAAGAUAAGAAAAUCGUAAUACAUAAUGUAGAUGCUAAGUCAAUAAUUUGUUAUAUAGCUUGACCAGAAAUAAAGUAUAUCUCGCAAUAUUACGGCUGAAAAAGUUAAUUAAAAUAUUGAGUUGGCAAUAAUUACUCGAAAAAAGGAAACGUGUAACCUAACGCGAAUCACAUAAGUCAUUUACACCCACAAUGUUAGAUUUGUCUUAUUUUAAAUAUAGUUUUUCUUGUAAAAUACUAUAUAAUAUUAUAUAUAACAAAUCGACUAAAGGCGAAAACUGGUAUUUCAUAAGAAUUGAGACAUAUACUGGCAAAAUUUUUGAUAAAGCUGCGAAGAAAAAUGUGUGAGCGGCGUAGGUUCGCAAUUACCUCAAGCAGUCUGUCUUGUAAAUGAUUUCAUUUAUCAAAAACAGUUCGAUUUAUAUUUGACAGUAGCGCACAUGACAAUAGUGUCGAAUCACUUUACUAUUGAUUAAUUUUGAUAAGAAACAGCCGUGGCUACAAGGUUCUAGUUUCGUUUAGAAAUCGUAUUUUUUUAUUCAAUGUUUUUUAAUUAGGAGUUAGGAGAUAAAAAUUGUUGAAUGAGCGCGUUCGAUUUUAGCAGCUGGGGUUGCCAGGUACGUUGUUAGACUUGAAAAAGUAAUAAGCAACUUUGGUUGAUAGGACGUUGUAGUAUAUUCAGUAUUGCUCAUUGACAGGUCUGCUUUGACAAAAAUUUUCCGGUCAAGCCUUAAUUAAAUAACCUAAUGAAUUAUCUUAAACGUGAAAACAUGUUUAGUGUAAGAGUCAUUUCAUUAUAUUGUAAGGGACUAAGUUUACAAUCCUACCAAUAUUAUAAAUGCGAAAGUUUGUUAGUAUGUAUGUAUGGAUGUUGUUUACUCUUUCACCGAUUACGAUGAAAUUUGGCAUGUAGGUAGCUGAAGACCCGGAAUAUCACAUAUGCACAUCCCGGAGUUCCCGAGGGAUAAAUUCCCUAUUGAAAAUAGGUACCUACAUUUAUCGUGGACGAAGUCGCGGGCGGCCUCUAGUAACCAAAUAAUGAUAUAGCAAGUCCCUUACUGAUAUACGUUUAUCUUAUUUGUCUCGCCGUUGUUCUAUUUAAUUUUUUUAAUCUUCAGUCAUUAUCGUGUAAAAGUUAUAUUGAUAAUAGCAAGUCCCUUGCUCAUUUUUAUCAUCUUACGUUAAACGAAAAUUGUUGUUUGACACUAUGCGGUAGUUUAUUAUACUGGAAUUUCGGUUAUUAUACUAAUAUUAUUAAACAUUAUAGUCAAGUUAGAGUCGCGAGUCUAAUAAAAUUACCCACAUCCGUUUAAACCACUCAUAUUGCCUCAUUUUGUAUAUUAGUGGACAAAAAAAAUAGCUUUCUUUCUUCUAGUCCCACAGAGCUCCGAACCAUGUGGGUUUUGCUCAGUGGUUUGACUCAAUGUGUAGUUAUUGUCAUUUUCCUUAUUAUAUACUACUUUGAAUAUUUUAUCCAAAUACUAGUUAUUGCCCCUGAUUUCUUUCGCCGUAAAAGUCCACUGAAAAACAUGACCCACCCUUCAGAGGGGUGCGGGGAGACAUUUUUGUAUACCAGUUUUUAAGUUCAAGGACCAAUCCUAACGCAUCUGAGAAAACCGCUUUCAAAUUGGAUCAGUAGUUACCUCCUCCUAAUAUGCAGACAGACAGAAAGUCAUUGUAAAAAUCACAUUUCUUGCUUCUGUUGUUCAUAUAUAUUGAUCCCCUAUACGAAUCAAAAUAUAUUUCAAGUACAGACAUCGUUCAGUCACUAUGGUAUGCUACUUAUGCUAGCUACUGUUGUAUCACCUAUCAUGUUUUAUUAAAUAUCACAGUUGUGUAAGUUUCGCUGAGCGAAUGAGAUUCUUUAACGUAUAAGCAAUAAUAAAAAGUAAUUAAUAAUUAAUUUUUAAAAUUUCUCCAAUUUUGGAUUUAUAGGUAAUUGAUGUUUUAAUCUUGUUUUUCUUACGUUUAUGAGCUAGAUUGUGUAGAAGUUUUUUUUAAUUUUCGUAGGUUUACGACCUUUUAGCUAAGUCGGUUAUUAAUUUUCAACAACCUGUUUUUUUUAUUUAUAAUGUUUGUGCCUAAAAAAGUUAAACUUAAGUCGAUGACUUAAUGAUACAUUGUAAUUUUAAGGUUAGUUUAAGUAAAAUAAUGAAAUGAAAGUGAGCAUUAGUUUAUUGAAUUAUAAGACUGGGCUUUGGUAUGGCUUUGUGAAUGAAUGACAUUAUAAUUAUGAUAUUUUAUGGAAUUAUUCACUUAGUAAUUUGUUUAUUGAGUAACUAUACAUAGAUAUUAGAUAGAUGUCAUUCAUAAUAUUUUUUCUUAACAACCGCUGGUGUCAUUAUGAGAAAUGUCUAUUCAAAAUUAAGUAACUGAAGUAUUUGAUUAUUUUUAUUUCAUAUCAACUUGUAUGGUUGCUCUAAAAAUAUGUUAUGUACAGUGAGCCACAUAUAAAAGUAUACCAACACUGGUUAUAAAUGUAUUGAAGUUGGUAUUAAAACCUACUAUAAUAGAAUAGAUGAAACUCUUUAUUGCCUUGAGAGGAAAACAUAACAUAAGAGUAUAAUAUGUGGCCACGUGUGUAAACCAUAAAAAAUUUGUAUGUUUUCCAUAUGUUUCCUGUGUUUUUGAUUAUGACUGAAUUAAUUUAUAGUAAAUAAAAUUAUUCUGAUGUAA